UCUCUGGGUAACGCAGGCUCGUCCCGGAGAGGCAGUUUCCCAGUCUCGCUGCUGCCAUGGCCUCGGUUCCUUCAGCCGGCUGCCUCUUGGCCAAGAACCAGUACUACAGAACCAGGCAGAACUCGGAGUCCAGUGUUUCUUCCAGCUCCUCCUGGUGUUCAGAUGCUGUGAAUGUUGCUGACCAGGACAAAGCAUUUCAUGGGUUACCUGAGUUAAUUGAUAGAAGUUGGUGGAUAAAAAGCUUUUUCCAGAGUGAAACAUCUCCACCAACUGUUGGCAGAAAAACACUGUCAGCAAGCAGUACCAACAGCUGAAUAGGACAGCAUGUUGGCUUCACUGACUGAGAUACUACAUACAGACUUGUUUUUCCAAGAGGCCUGGGAUCUUCCUAAUGUCUGUGUUCAGCUGCAA